AUGGCUGACGAAUAUGGUAGCGAAUAUGUUGCGUACAUCCCAGCCUCUCUCCUCCUCGAGCGAGGAACGUACCACCUUGGUGUGUUGCUAAGGAACAAGACCAACACUACCGCGUAUGACCUGAUGCUGUCUUCCUCCAGGUCCCAGUGUCGUUACUGGGACACUGCAGUGGAGACGUGGAGGGGACAAGGAUGCUCGGUUGGACCUGAUACCAUCCCCAGCCUCACCCACUGCCUCUGUACCCAUCUGUCGUCAUUUGGCAGCACGUGGUUCGUAAUGCCGAACAAGCUCAACCUUGCGGAAGACAUCAGCAAGUUUCUGACGUUCUGGGAGAAUCCGCUGACGAUUGCGUUGGUGGUUGUGCUGACCAUCAUCUAUUUCCUCAUGCUGGUCUGGGCAAGAAGGAAAGACAAAGUUGAUCAAGAAAUGAUUGGUGUCUUUGAGCUCUCUGACAACGAUCCCCUAGCACGACAUGCAUAUCUGGUGACCGUAUUCAACGGUUCAAGAAGACAGGCUGGAACAACUUCUAAUGUGACAAUGACACUGUUUGGCUUGAAAGGCAAAAGUGAGCCGCACUUGUUGCAGCACGCAAACCACAGGAUGUGUCAGACAGGAUCAGUUGAUACUGUACUGCUGAGGACAGAGGAAGACCUGGGUGACUUGACAUCCAUCCGACUCUGGCAUGACAACUCAGGCACAAGCGCUGAUUGGUUUGUGAGUCAUGUGACAGUCGAGAAAAUGGAGACGGACGACGAGUGGGUUUUUCUCUGUUACAGCUGGCUGUCUGUCAAUAUUGGUGAUGGGGUCCUUGACAAGGUCUUCCCUGUUGCCACGGGGGAGGAUCUGAGACAAUUCAAUCACCUCUUCACAUCAAGUAUGAGCAGAGGUCUGAAAGACUCCCAUCUCUACUUCUCCAUCUUUGUGCGGCCGCCCACGAGCGAGUUCACGCGAGUGCAGCGUCUCUCCUGUUGCUUCUGCCUGCUCCUCUGCACCCUGCUGACGAACAUCAUGUUCUUCGGAGUCGAAGCAAACCCAGAGGCCCAAGGGAUACCAGAUCUGGACUUUGGCGCAUUUGUGUUCAAUUGGCAUUCAUUCAUUAUAAGUAUCGAGAGUGCUCUGAUCGUCUUGCCUAUUAACAUUCUACUGGUCGAGAUGUUUCGACGCCUAAGACCGAGGCAAUCGAAAAAUCAUCGCUUAGAUGAGAAGGAAGAAGAGGUUGGCCAUCUUGAGGCCAUUAAAGCUCAGGUUCAGGAUCAUAAAACGAGGCUGUACGCUUACUUCAAAGAUUUGACAAAGUCCGGAGAAUGCGAGCCAGAAGUUUUUCUCGAUGAUUUGAAUAAGAUUAUCGGCGAUGAACUCGAGGUUGAUGAGCAGAGUGAGUUGCUGCUGUAUACUGCUGAUGAUUUAGCUGAUCCUGACGCUGGUGGUUCAGCAAGUUUGGGCGGUGAUUCUUUUAAUUCCAUGCGGGUUUUACGAUCUGACGAUUUCAUGUCAGAUGGUGGUGCAUCAGGAGCAGACGUGCAGCCCAGCAGACGGCAGAUUGAUGAAGUCCGUCAAAAGGCAGAGUCAGAAUCAGCGUCGCAGGUUGGUGAUAUCAAGAGCCAAGAUAGGCCAAGUGAACCACGAGAAGAUUUGAAAACUCCCCGUCUGUUGCCUUCAAAUUUGAAUGAAAACUCUAAUGCUUGGCUCAAGAAGGCAGCUAAUAUUGCAAAUAUGAAGCCGCUUACCUACAAAAGAACAGAAGCGAUCUCUUUUAACAGACAAAAAACCAAAGCCCAGUCGAGGUCUUCUAACCGACGGCAAACAGAAGCCCGAUUGACCUCUUUUGACAAACAACAAACAGAAGCCCGAUUGACCUCCUUUAACAGACAGCAAACUGAAGCUCGGUUGACCUCCUUUGACAGACAGCAAACUGAAGCUCGGUUGACCUCCUUUGACAGACAGCAAACUGAAGCUCGGUUGACCUCCUUUGACAGACAGCAAACAGAAGACCGAUUGACCUCCUUUGACAGACAGCAAACUGAAGCCCGAUUGACCUCCUUUGACAGACAGCAAACAGUACACCGAUCAGCGCCUUCUGACAAACAGCAAACGGCGGCUCCACCUACAUCCAGUGAAGAUGAAAACGAGGCUUUUCACGAGCUUGCUGAUAAACUUAGUAAAUGUCGUCAAGUCCUUAUAAGUUACCUGUCAACAGAACUUGCGUAUCAAACACAGGAUGUUGCCGAUCUUUUGGAAGGUACAUUUGAACAUUCUGUGAAUCUAGACCAUGAUGAAGGGGAGAUUAACGAGGAGGAGAAUGUCUAUAAAGCAGGUAGAACUAGGAAGAAUCCUCUGCAUGGUGUGUCGGACUAUUUGUUACAUGUCCAAGAAGCGAAACACAUUGUGAAAGAAAAGGCCAUCAUUCUUGAACUUGAUGAUACAGAUGACGUCACGGGUCUUGCACGAAUACAGAGAUGCUGCCGAUGGGACGGGAUGCUGCCAUGGUGGUUUGUUUACAUCGCUUGGAUCUUGUUGUUCCUCGCGGCCGUCAGCGCGGCCUUCUUCACGAUGUUAUACGGCCUCAACUACGGCAAGGAGAAGUCGUGGAAUUGGUUGCUGACGGUGCUUGAGACGAUGUUUAUGGACAUCCUGUGCCUGCAGCCGCUGAAAAUCCUUGUCUUAGCGUUGUUCUUUGCAGUUGUGUUGAAGAGAGGACGUGAUGAGGUUUUUGUGAGGGCAAGGCAGCUUACAGACUGGAAGUGGAAGCCACUGAAAAGUUUAGAGAGCAAUUGGCUGUUCUACCAUCGACAGCAUCUGCAGGAGAUGAGGCAUUCGGAUCCAAAAUAUAGGCCACCACCCGAAGCAGACGUGUUGAAGGCCAGGCAGCAUCAUCACCAGCAGAAGAGGAUGAUGGCCAUUUUGAAAGAGAUCAUUGGCUACGUUACGUACAUCUGGGUGAUAUUGCUGAUCGCAUAUGCUCAACGGGACCCGCAGUCGUAUUAUCUUGGAGACUUUGUCGGUAAAACUGUAUUUGGUAGCAGCUUUACAGAGAUCAAGGACUUUCCGUCUGCUUGGGAAUGGCUGAACACGACCAUAGUGGACAGUCUCUACCCCAACACUAGGCCAGGCUUCCUGAUGGGCGAAUCCUUGUAUAUUGUGGGACAACCUCAGCUGCGGCAGGUCAGAGCACUUACAAGCAGCUGCUCUAGCUUUGGUGAUAUUGUGGUUGGUGUGUGUAGAAGAGAUGCCGUGGGUGGGUACACUGAAGACACCUCAGCUUACAACCUGACGUGGUCCUGUCCAGUUGAUAGAUCACCAGCAGUCAUCUCCAAAUGCUCCAGCCCAGUGAAUGGUUCAGCAGACAUCUCCAAGCUGCCCAGGUCAGUUGUUGAGUUCAGUCUGGUGAAUGGUUCAGCAGACGUCUCCAAGCUGCCCAGGUCAGUUGUUGAGUUCAGUCUGGUGAAUGGUUCAGCAGACGUCUCCAAGCUGCCCAGGUCAGUUGUUGAGUUCAAAGUUUAUUGCUUUUUUCCGUGUGAUUGUAAUACAGACGUGCUCUUAUUUCAAUUUCUUAUUUCCAGGCUCCAAACGGCUUACAUCUACCAGACAGGUGACACCUUGCGCAGCCUUCCGUUGUUGGGGCAAGUGUUCUCAUUCAGCGGUGGAGGUUAUAUCGUCCGGCUAGGAUCGACAGGAAACGACGCUCGGCAGGUCUUAAGAGACCUUCAUAGACAACUCUGGUUAGACAAAAACUCCAUCGCCAUCCUGUUGGAGUUUACCGUCUACAGCGCAAAUACGAAUCUAUUUUUAGUCGUGACUGGUGUUUUGGAAUUCCCCGACGCAGGAAGUGCUGUUGUCAGCAGCAUCCGGCAGCCAAUCAGAUUGUAUCGCUACACAACACCGGUUCAUGUCGUCGUCCUUGCGUGCGAGAUUUUCUACUGCGCUUUCAUGAUUGCGUUCAUUGUAGCAGCAAUACUGAACAUAAGGCGUGAAAAAUGGCAAUAUUUCCAUAGCUACUGGAAUUGGUUGCAGGUGACCAUUAUUUUGGUUUCCAUAGCAACCAUUGUUGUUUACAUACUCCGCAGCGUCGAGACGACCAGACUGCUUCACCAAUACAAAAAUGACCAGACGCAAUUUCUUAGCUUUGCUCAUUCAGCAUUCCUGGAUUCCAUACUCGGAUAUCUGAUUGCAUUUCUGGUCGUCUUGGGAACGUUGAAAUUCCUCCACCUCCUACGAUUCAACCCACAGAUCUUUUACUUCCUGCAAACACUAAACACGUCAUUGGCAACAUUGAAAUUUCACCUCUUAAGUUUGUUGAUUCUCUGGUUUGCUUAUUCAGGAUUUGGCGCCAUGAUGUUUGGGCGCCACGUGCGAGAAUACAGUAGUCUCGCACAAGCUCUGAUGAACCUUUUUAAUCUAGCAUACGGCAGAAUCGAUGAACAGUACAGGGAUCUAGCAGUCGUUGAUGUCAAUACGGCAAGGUUCUUUCUCUUUUCGUUUGUUAUCGUCUCAAAUUAUUUGAUCUUUAAUAUCAUGAUAUCGUCUAUUCUGUACUUUUAUGAUGCUGUGAUGACCAAGGGUGCACCGAACGAGGACACAGAGUUACUGCUGCUGAUGUUACAGCGAAUUGGUGAAUUUCUUGGUUUGAAAUUCUUCAAAGCAAAAGAUGAUAAGAAAGCGAAGAAAUAAGUCAUUAGUUGUGACUAGGUUUUCACUAGUAUAUGCAACCAGCAAUGGCUAGUGGUUCCACAUGCUGCAUUUUGGGAAAAGGCAGAAAAACAUGAGAAGUGGUAGGAUAGUCUCCUUUGUGCAACGAUGUACAAGAUUGUGCCUAUGUCAAACUGUCUCAUGAGGAAACAUUGCCAAAUCUGUGUAUUUAUGUACAAAGAAUGUAGUUCAUUCCAAAAUGUAAUCAGUAGUUCCAGUUAAUAUUGCCAACCAGUUUAUAGUUUGCAUUGCCAAGUGUAUUUUGUAGUUCCAGUUUACACAUUGCUAAAUGUAAUUUGUAGUUCCAGUUCCCUAGUUUACGACUAUUAUCUGAAUUAUGCGUUGCCUGUUAAGAUUUGUUUUUGUGUAGUAUGUUGUAAGUUUUUCAAGCAAGACUGUGAUAAAAUACUAAUCUGUGACUAUUCUUACGUGACUAAAAUACUAUUCCUAUUCCAAAAUACCAUUCCUAUAGGCCGUUUUUACAUGAGUCUUUGUACUGCAUUCACAUCGUGGAAAUCUCGAACUUUGCAUUUUGAAUCAAACCAGCUCAAUCACAACAAACCACUUUUUCAUGUACAGAUAGUUCAUGAGAACAAAGUUUUUGUGGCAAACUAUUGACCACGAACAGCUUUCAUAACCGUGGUCCUACCAUACUUUCACCCUACCCCUCAGUGCCGCCCCAGCUCCCAAUCUGAUCACCACUCAAAAGUUUUUCAGAAAUGAAACUAGCUAAAUUGCAUUUUGCAUAACUGCACAUGAACGAUUUCGUAUACCGAAGUAUAAAGCCUUGCCUAACCAGCCAGGGUAUGGUGGAUUCCUUUACGGCCUUGCGGUUGGUAUGGCAGUCUCAAUCACCGAAGAGUGCAACGUUGGGGCGUAGCGAGUCAGUGGAUGGACGGCAGACGUCAAAGCAGCAUGCAGCAUAUGGUUUAUUGUCACGUAAGAAUAGACGCAGUGAAAAUCCGUAGACAGGGUUGACCCAAAUUUAUCUACAUUCCGUCCCAAACUGUACAAAUGUAUUUUUCCAUGUUUUUGAAAUCGGAGACCUUCCUCUUGGGGAGGUUUAGGAAUUUCGAAAUCUUCCACCAACAAUUGUAUAAUUUCAAUUAUCAAUUGUCCAGUUGCAAAAUUGUUAAGUUCUUUGUUCAAAAUUUGUUGAGUUCAUGAUAAACCUUUUAUCAGACAUUUGUGUCAACUUUUUCUGUGUUAACAAGUGGGAGUUUAUUUGUAACUCUCUCUCCAGAUUGUGCCUCUGACUGUCUGUGGCAUGUCUGGUCAAAUACUGAAGGGACAGGUAUCCUUUUCCAACCCUAGGCU